AAUGCAUACACAAAAGUUUGAGUGGCAGUAUUUCAUCUUUAGAUUGCUGAUACUUUUGAUAUAUGUUUUAAAUGUUAUAAUUUGUGAAACUGGAGAGUGCAGAGAGCAGGAGUACAGAGAUCAUGACGGAAACUGUAUAUUGUGUGAACAGUGUGGCCCUGGAAUGGAAUUAUCUAAGGAAUGCGGUUUUGGAUACGGCGAGGAUGCCCAGUGCAUGACAUGCAGGCCAAACAGAUUCAAAGAGGAUCGGGGCUUUCAGAAAUGCAAACAAUGUUUGGACUGUGCUUCAGUAAAUCGAUUUCAGAAAAGCAAUUGUUCUGCCAUUAGCAAUGCUGUUUGUGGAGACUGCUUGCCUGGAUUUUAUAGAAAGACAAAGCUUGGGGGCUUUCAGGAUAUGGAAUGUAUUCCUUGUGGUGAUCCACCUCCUCCUUAUGAACCACACUGCACCACAAAAGUGAAUUUGGUGAAAAUCCCAUCCACUGUUUCCAGUCCACGAGACACUGCACUCGCUGCUGUGAUAUGCAGUGCACUGGCAACUGUACUUUCAGCGCUCUUCAUCCUGUGUGUUAUCUAUUGCAAGAGACAAUUCAUGGAAAAGAAGCCAAACUGGUCUGUACAAUCACAGGAUGUUCAUUAUGAAGGUUCAGAACUUGCAUGUUUUGAUACAUCACAGCUUAAUAUAUAUGAACAUAAAACAUGCUGCCAGGGCCAGCAAGAUUCAUUACAGAUGUGUGGCCCAGUGCACUUGAUUCCAUCAUUAUGCUGUGACGAGUCCUGUAGCUUUGAACAUAGUUGUCAUAGCUGUCCUUUUCACUCUCAGUCUACGCUUCAUGAAAGGAAUUCUAAUUCUGUUGGAGAAAUGAUUCCAGCAUUUCUUGGUUCUCUUUCACAUUCCACUUGUGGAGAUCUUUCAGAUGCUUGGCCUCUCAUCCAAAAACCAGGAUAUUGUGAUAGUAUUUCUUUCUCUGAAUCAUACCCUGAACUAGUGGGAGAAGAUGAACAUCUUUUCAGCCCCUUAGAUAUAGAAAGAGAUGCUGUGGAUUCAGAUAACAAACAGGAUUUAAAUGUAGUCACAUCUACAAAAUCUCAUUUUGGAAGCUUGACAGAAUCACCUGAACUUUCCAGUAUCACUGCUCCCUUAAAUCAAGUUUUGGCUGCUGAAACAUUCUCAGCAACAGAGUAUGACAGAACAAACUGAUAAACAGGUAAGCACAGUUAUCUAGUAGAUAGUUUAAAUGAAACUG